AUGGGUCUCUCCAACAAAGGCGAUAGUAUCGUGGUCUUCACCCUUGUAACAUUCUUCGUCAUUUUCCUUUCCAUCUUCCUAAUCUAUGUUCCCCGCUAUAUCUUUCUUAAGAUCAAAAACCACAAAAAGACACCUAGUCGAACAGAAAUGAAAACUUGGUUUCAAAGAGGAGUUGAAAUUACUGCAUCGAUAGGAAGACGAAACAAAGUGGAGAGAGAUGCAAGAACUGCUCGAUUUGAAGAUAUUGAGAUGGGAGAUAUUUCGGGCGUUACGAGUGCGAAUGUGAGGAGGGGUGCUGUGCUUGUGGCAUUGCCGGAGCAGGCUAGAGUUUCUGGUGAGAGAUUGCCAAAUGUAAUAUAA